AUGGCUACUUCCAGUAAAGAGUGGUUGGCCAAAACCGUUAAUGACGGGGCCAUUAAAUGCUAUUCAGAUGAAGACAUCUCAUCUAGCAAUGUUCUCAUUCAAGAAGGUGUCGCUAAAAUAACAGAUUUUGGUCUGUCUAGCGUGUUAAAACAGAGAGCCACUAAAUCAAAGGGUGCGGGGUGUAUGGUGUACCUUGAUCCUUUGUCUUUCAUGGACACUACAUAUAGACGAGGAAAGGAAUCCGAUGUCUUCAGUCUGGGAGUAAUUUUGUGGGAAAUUUCCAGUGCCAUGAAUCCUUGUGGGGGCUGUACGGAAGUUAGUGAAGUCAUUUCAUUUCGGAUAAAUGGGCUUAAAGAUGAUCCUUUUCCUGGAACGCAUCAAGACUACAUUGACCUAUAUUCGGAAUGUUUGACAGAAGACUUCAAAAAACGGCCAUCUUGUGAACAAAUAUAUAAAAGACUGGAAAUAUUGUUUAAUUCAGAAGAUCCAGAAGGUCAAGAACAAUAUUCACCGAACGAACAAAUUUCGAUUAAUCAUGAAGUAUCGCAAGGAAGUGUGACGAGGGCUGAAGUUCCACACAAAUAUGAGGCACCUCUUAUGAAUUCUAGAGCGAAGUAUGAAAUACCAAGAGCCUGGCUAGAAGAAUCAGAAUUGGACAGGUCGAAGACUCAUUCUCUGAAAAACGUAAACCUUGACAAGGAUACUCCAACAUACAAGAAACUCGAUGAUUUGUAUGCACUCAUUGACGGUAUCGAAACGUGCAUGUUUACUACACGCCGAAGCGAUGGCUCCCUAGUCUCGAGAGCAAUGCAAACACGAAGCCGCAUCCCAGGAGCAGCAAUUUAUUUUGUAACUAAUAACCAAACCGAUAAGCUGGAAGACAUGAAAUUUGAUCCACACGUCAAUUGUGCAUAUAUCCGCGGAAGUACUGAAGAAUGGGUUAGUGUGGCUGGAACUGCGCGUAUAGUCGAGGAUAGAGAUAUGAUCAAACAGUUAUGGACAUCAGAUUGUAAGAAAUGGUUCGGUGAUCUCGGAGAUAACGUUCAUGAUGGAAGCGCUUCAGAUCCGAGAGUUUGCUUGGUUCUCGUGGAACCGGACACUGUUCAUUAUACAUUAAAGAAAAAUAACGCGGUCGUCGAAUUGUUUAAGAUUGCGAAAGAAAAGAUUACAGGAGAACCUGCUAAUACUCAAACCGAACGGGCGAUUGAUAACGACGAACUUCGAACUGCGAGAGGUCGAAUUUAA